AUGUCAAUUUUCAGUACUCUUUUUGGUGGUCUUCGUGGUGGUACUUUUACGUAUGCUACAGAACUGGUUGCUCGCCAAAUGCGAUAUGAUUUAUUUAACUCAUUAGUGCAGCAAGAAAUAGGCUUCUUUGAUGGUACCAAGACAGGGGAGAUAAUAUCUCGUUUAACAUCCGAUUGCCAAACAAUGUCUUCAACAAUUUCUACCAAUAUAAACGUUUUUCUGCGAAAUGGUGUGAUGCUUCUUGGUUCGUUAAUAUUUAUGUUCGCAUUAUCGUGGCGCCUCUGUCUCGUUACAUUUAUUGCUGUACCUAUUGUCGCAUAUCUAACAAAGAUCUAUGGGUCUUAUUAUGAUCUUUUAUCCGAAAAGGUGCAGGAAACGAAAGCUGUAGCAAAUCACGUGGCAGAAGAAGUUAUUAGUUCCAUGCGCACAGUACGAUCGUUUGCCUGUGAAAAACUUGAAGUCAGAAGAUUUGAGCAGCAUUUAGAGAGUACUUUAAAAUUAAACCAGAAGAAAGCAUUAGCUUAUAUGGGUUAUACAUGGACUAAUGAAUUUUGUGACAAUGCUGUUCUUGUUGCUGUAUUAUUUUAUGGAGGGCAUCUUGUUUUGUCAGGGAAAAUGACCGGUUCUGGUUUAAUAUCUUUUUUAUUGUAUCAGCUGCAACUUGGGGAAAAUCUCUACAGUAUAGGUUACGUAUUUACGGGCUUGAUGGAGGGUGUUGGUGCGUCGCGAAAAGUCUUCGAGUAUAUGUUGAGAAAGCCAAAGGUCCUUCAUAUAGGAACAAGAAAGACUGAAAUUAAGGGCGAAGUACAAUUUGAUUCUGUGUUUUUCACAUAUCCUUCAAGGCCUAAUAAUCCUGUACUUAAGGAUGUUACCUUUACAAUUCAUCCUGGUGAAACUGUUGCUUUAGUUGGACCGAGUGGUGGUGGGAAAUCGUCUAUCGUUUCACUAAUUGAGCAUUUCUAUGAAUGUAACGAUGGAAAAGUUUUAAUUGACGGAAAUCCAGUAGCUGACUACGAUCAUCAGUAUAUUCACCAGAAAAUAGCUUUAGUGGCUCAAGAGCCAGUUUUGUAUGAGGGUAGUGUGCGGCACAAUAUUUUGUAUGGAUGUGAAUGGGCUACUGAAGAAGACAUGCUAAAUGCUUCAGAAAUGGCUAAUGUGCAUGAUUUCAUUAUGGAAACGGAAGACCAAUAUGAUACUAAUUGUGGUGAGAAGGGCAUCCAACUGUCAGGUGGCCAAAAGCAACGCAUAGCUAUUGCCCGUGCAUUGGUUCGCCGUCCUGCAAUUCUUAUACUAGAUGAAGCGACGUCAGCUUUAGAUGUAGAAAGUGAGCAUACUGUGCAAGAAGCUAUUGCUCGUUGUGCUAGGAAUAAAACAGUUAUAGUAAUCGCUCAUCGUCUGAGCACGGUUGAAAACGCUGACCGAAUAAUUGUUAUCAGUAAAGGACAUGUAGAGCAGAUUGGGAGUCAUAAGGAUUUAUUGGCUCAAGAUGGUCUUUAUCGAUCUCUAGUACAAAGACAGCUUAUCGACAGCAGCAGUUGA